AUGGCACAGGUGUCUGCAGAAGCACGAGUCCCUUCCCCGCCGCCCCUCAUAGUGGGCAGAGGCAAAGGUCGCGCAAACGCCGUCCCUCCAGCACAUGCGCCUAAUCAGCAAUAUGCGGCAAUUCCAGACACAAGCUACAACAAUAAAUUCACGCCAUAUCCAUACGAUUACAAUAUCUUGCCACCGUUAUCUCCACCUACUCCAAAGGCUGCCCUCAGCCCGAGCCCCAAGCUGCUUCAAAAUCAACAAGCCGCAUCUUCUUUUAGCGAGCUGUCUUACCAGUACAGACCAAUUGAAGAUGCAUGCAUCAGACUGGUUAGAAUAUUACCGGAGAGGAAGACGAUGAUCAAAUGUGAGAUAAUACAUGUUUCUCUGGAACAACCUCCCCCAUACGCGGCUAUUUCCUACACUUGGGGAGAUACCGGUGAUACCCGAAAGAUCGAGAUUGAAGGGUGUUUGAUCCCGAUAGCUGUCAGCCUUCACGGCGCAUUGCAAGCGCUUCGUCAAAAACACUCAUCUGUGAUGGUCUGGGCAGAUGCUCUCUGCAUUGAUCAAAAGAACAGAGACGAACGGAGCCAACAGGUUCAACUCAUGCCGUUUAUCUACUCCAAUGCUGAGAACGUCGCAAUCUGGCUUGGUCCGGAAGAAAACGACAGCGCAAGAGCCGUCAGGUUUCUUGAGGCCAUCGCGACUACAGGUCAACCUCUUAGUUCCAAUAAUAUCUCCCAACUCUUAGCAGCAGGUGCCGAGAACGGUGAUCUUUUGGCCGUGGUAUCGCUCUUUGGACGGGAGUACUGGAGACGAUUAUGGGUUGUCCAAGAGGUCUUCAACGCGAAAAGAAUAACGGUCCACUGUGGCUCAACCCGGCUCGAGUGGAAGAAAUAUCAAAGUGCUUCAGUGUUAUUCAGCCAGCGCCGAGGAGAACUUAUCUUCAACAACAAAGACCAACUGAAGAGACGGUUGGCAACUUCGCCGGAUCAGUUUAGCUAUGUUCAGACGCUCAUCUACCAGGGACCGGCAAGUCUACCAGAUCUCAAAUUCCACAUGUCGGAUGGCGAAGAGGCUCUUCUACAGGUGUUAAGAACUUGUCGUAGAAAGCUUGCAUCUGAUCCUAGAGAUAAGCUCUACGGUAUUCUUGGCGUUUUACCAGCGAGUAUUCGGGAAGAGUUCCGUGCGGAUUAUAAUCUCUCUGUCAAAGAUGUUUAUACGGAGAUUGUCGACUUUCUUCUCAAGACUACAGAGAAGCUUGACAUUAUCUGUGAAGCAAUCCACUUCCCUGUUCAUACUAGCACUGCCAAUCUUCCAACAUUCGUUCCGGACUGGUCACAUAUACCGCAAACAUCAGCAAUGGGCUUCAAGUACAAUUUCGCAGCUUCAGGCUCCAGUAAAGCUAUCUGCCGCUUCCGCGAUGAGCGGCUAAACAAGCUUGAGAUCUCUGGCCUCGAAAUCGAUGUUGUUCAAAGCAAAGGUGUCGUCGUCGGAACACUUUGCAACUUGGGAGAUUAUCUCAUGGCGUUCCUACACUGGAGAGCGUUACUUCUCCACGCUGUCCAAGGUCGCACCGAGCAGGAAAUACAAAUGGCAGAAGAAUGCUUUGCAGCAACGAUAUGCCUCGGUCAAGUCCCAUCGGAAUAUGACCGAAGUCGAUGGCAGGCAGAAAUCUGCCAUGUCUUUGCGAACCUCUUUCGCGAUCGUCUACCAUAUAUCAAUCUCGAUGAAAGGCUGUCUCGUUAUUUGAAAAUCCCAUCCGAAGUGAAGGCUGAAAUGAGGAGACAUUUUCUGCAAAUUCAUUUUGGGGACCGUAUGAUGGGGAGAUGUUUCUGUCUUACACAGAAUCGUCGGCUUGCGAUGGGUUCGGGAUUCAUGCUUGCGGGUGAUAUCAUCGUUGUACCACUUGGUUGUUCGACGCCUAUACUAGUGAGAGCAGAAGGGACGCAGGCUGUUGAUCAAUGGCAGGCGGGAAAGCGGCAGUUGAAGAAGAAGGCUAUAGAAUGGUGGAUAGGACUGGAGGACGCGGAAAGAUGCACCGACUUAAUUCUGGACACCAAUCAAGCCUCAUUUCUUCGGGUCUUUGCAGUCCUGGUUAUCGCAGAGCGUCCCGGCGAUAUUCAGGCUUUCAUAGACGCAGACUUGCAUGAUCAAAAGUUUCCUCUGGUGCAAGGAUCUGAGUAUCAUCUUGUUGCGCAGAUUUGUAUGGCGAAACUGGGGUGGUCUCACAUGCAAAAGGACUAUUUCAACAUUAACCAACUGCGAAUGUCGGCGAGGUUCUUUGCACUGGGGGAUAAUUACCAAGCUCGGCACUACGAUAUACCCAAAGGGCAGAUGUUGCCUUGGGUAUUAUGUAGAGACAGCUACGGAGUACACGAAGAGACACUGUCAGGGGGAUGCGGAGAGGUUAUCAAGUACAAGAUCGACUCCAACUCACACGACUUUUCCCCGUUACUUGAGAAGCUUGGCUUUUAUAGUAGCUUCGUUGCCGUCAAGUCUUCGAAAAAGACAACCAAGGGGAUAGGCGCUUCUAACAAAGAGUUUGAAAUGCUCAAACGAUUCAGUGGUCUGAAUCACCCGAACAUCGUCACGCUUUUAGCAACAUACACCCUCAAUAACCGGUUUCACUUCGUAUUCCCAGCUGCCGAGUACGAUCUCCUCCUAUAUUGGAAAGUGCACGCUGGUCCACUCGUUAACCCAAUUUCAGCCAACAUUGAAGGCCUCCUAUGGCUAUCUGGACAAAUUCGAGACCUUCUCGCUGCCCUUGUGCAUAUUCACAAGGGCAAGAAAGUUGAUCUGGAUACAGAGGAAAAGUUCGGUAGACAUGGCGACAUCAAACCUGCCAACAUCCUUUGGUUUAAAUCACGGAAGGAAAAACGUGGUAUCUUUGUCAUUUCAGACUUCGGUAUUGCAGAUGCCCACCGAGAGGAGAGCAGAUCCAUUAUUCCUGGCGUCGAUUUGCCUGUCACACCCAGAUAUCGAGCACCCGAGUGCGAUAUCCGAAAUGGCCAGAUAUCCAGAGCAUUCGACGUCUGGAGUAUGGGCUGUGUGCUGCUCGAAAUGACCUGUUGGAUCCUUGGGGCAAAUGAACUUAGAGAAUCCUUUAAGGAGGCCCUGGUUUCACCUUAUAUCACGGGGGUUAAGACCGACAUAUACUUCGAUAUCCAAUGGCUCGGUCCCAGAGAAGGUUAUAGAUUCGGAGUAAAAGAGCAGAUUAUCAGCUGGAUCGGUUCCUUGCACAAUAAGCCGGGCUGCAGCCCCUACAUUCAUGAUUUAUUGGAUAUAAUACACAAAGAUAUGCUGGCUAUUACUGGAGUUUCAAGCAAGACAUAUGCAUCCGACUGCAAAGCUUAUCUAUAUACCACCGUGACACCCAAGAAAGCCACUAUCUAUAGAACAAAGAUUGUUACAAGCGUCCCGACAGUCAGGAAAUCAGUUACAGCAAUCAGCACAGAGCUCAGUAUCACCAUCGAUAAUACUACAACUGUGACACAAGAUGGUACAAAGACAGUUACUGAGCAGACUACAAAGACAAUCACGACAACAGCUGAAAAUGUCAAUCCUCCAUUCAAGAAGCGAGCAGUUAACAUCCCUAUCAUUCCUUCUUACGCUAGCAGCGCGUGCAGCAACUCGGCCAAGUACUCAUCGGCAUGUUCUCGCGUGGGUGUAACCAGCAAAACCAUCACUCUUCCCCGAACAACGAUCGUUUCAGUCAUCCAAAAGGUUAUCAUUCCACGAAGGACUACGAUCAAGACAGCUAUUGCAAUUGCAUAUGCCACCAAGACAGUCAAGACAGAGGUUGUCCAAGAGACAUAUACCACUGAGAAAAUCAGCAAAGUUGUUGGAACGCAAGUAAAGGACAAUAUUAUUGCCACUGAGACCAAGACCGAGAUUAGCACCAAGACCGAGGUAGUCGACCCACUGCAAACGAUCUAUCUCAUCGCACACGACAGUGAUGAUCCCAGUCUGGCUCCUCUUGGCGGCGUUGGUUUCACCGACCUAGAGAACCAAAUCGGCACUGGCAAAUACUUCCUCGACUUCACCGCCGACGUUUCCUCCACCUUGACAUUUACCCUCAACCAACGCACAGGAGAGAAAAACCCGUCAACGGACCUGGAAUUCAUGUCGGCCGAGGAUGCGACAGCGAAUGUGGCGAACUCUUUGGUCUGCAAGAUUAUCCCAGCGACCGAGUAUCCCUUAGGUCUUCAGUGCUUGUGGGGAACGAACCAGAUUGCGACCUUUUGGACCUGCUCUUCAAGGUUGGUGCUUGUUCAACCGGGAGUUUACUUCACGACUCUGUGUUCGGGUGCUUCUACCUCCUAUAUUAUUAAUGUGGAGGUUCGUUUGGCUUGA